AUGCAGACCUCAGAGCGAGAGGGCUGUGGACCGGAGGUGAGCCCCAGCACGGUCCCCGAGGCUACCCUGGAGUCUCUGCCUGUUCCUACCAAGUCGCCGGCGUUUGAUCUUUUCAACUUGGUUCUGUCCUACAAGAGGCUUGAGGUCUACCUGGAACCUCUGAAGGACGCUGGCGAUGGGGUCCGGUACUUGCUCAGGUGGCAGACGCCAUUGUGUUCCUUGCUGACCUGCCUGGGCCUCAACAUCUUGUUCCUCACCUUGAACGAGGGUGCCUGGUACUCCGUGGGCGCCCUGAUGAUUUCAGUGCCCGCCCUACUGGGCUACCUUCAGGAGGUUUGCCGGGCACGGCUGCCCGAGUCUGAGCUGAUGAGGAGGAAGUACCACAGCGUGAGGCAGGAGGACCUGCAGAGAGUUCGCCUGUCUCGCCCCGAGGCCAUAGCCGAGGUGAAGAGCUUCUUGAUCCAGCUGGAGGCCCUCCUGAGCCGCCUGUGCUGCACCUGCGAAGCUGCCUACCGCGUGCUGCACUGGGAGAACCCCACCGUGUCCUCACAGUUCUAUGGGGCUCUUCUGGGCACGAUUUGCAUGCUAUAUCUGCUGCCUCUGUGCUGGGUCCUUGCCCUUUUAAACAGCACACUCUUCCUGGGGAAUGUGGAGUUCUUCCGAGUGGUGUCUGAGUAUAGGGCAUCUCUGCAGCGGCGGAUGAACCCCAAGCAGGAAGAGAGUGCCUUCGAGAGCCCGCCACCAUCAGAUGCUGGGGGGAAGGGCGCUCUGGGGGACUGCACUCCGGCGCCCACGCCCACAGAGGACCUCACGCCAGGCAGUGUGGAGGAGGCGGAGGAGGCUGAGCCCGACGAGGAGUUUAAAGAUGCGAUUGAGGAGACCCACUUGGUGGUGCUGGAGGAUGACGAGGGGGCCCCGUGCCCAGCAGAGGACGAUCUGGUCCUGCAGGACAACGGCUUCCUGAGCAAGAAUGAGGUGCUGCGCAGCAAGGUGUCUCGGCUCACCGAGCGGCUCCGCAAGCGGUACCCGACCAACAACUUGGGGAGCUGUACGGGCUGCUCGGCAACCUUCUCAGUGCUGAAGAAGAGGCGGAACUGCAGUAACUGUGGAAACAGCUUCUGCUCUCGGUGCUGCUCCUUCAAGGUGCCCAGGUCCUCCAUGGGGGCCACAGCCCCUGAAGCCCAGAGAGAGACUGUGUUUGUGUGUGCCUCGUGUAACCAGACCUUGAGCAAGUGA